AUGUCUGCCACUACUAUCUUUACCGCCUCUUCCGCCGUCACUGGCACCUGCGCUGAACAGAACCUUCAGUACCACCAGUCUACAAUCAAGCCUGCUCUCGAGAUGAUCACUCGUCUCAACCAAGACAUCCAGGACUACGGGGCUGAGUUUUGUUACCUCUUCCGCCGCGUCAAGUCAUGGGUGGACGACAACUGCACGAGGAAUGAGCAGGGCAAGCUUCCCGUGCAGGUCCUUCAGGAGCGCGGUCACUACUCGUGGAUUCAAGAUACGGUUAUCUUGGCGGCGAAAGAGAUCUCAGUAUCCGUCUACAAUGCUGAAGCCUGUAUCGACUCGGACGAUCUCGUCGGUGCUCUUCGCCAUGUCCAGGCCUUGGCCAACAUGGACUGGACGAACAAGAGCAAUACAGCCUAUUAUGAGAAGAAGAUGUUGUUGGAUGGCAAGAAGGAAAUGGAGAAGAGCAUUUUUAGGAGAGAAGCCGUCAUGCCCUCCCUCUUGGCUCUUUGCAACUUCGUCGAACGGGGGUCUGUUGUUCCGGCUGAGUACAGGGAGUCGGUCAGGCCCUUAGUUACCGGUUUCAAGAACGACACGUUCCGCCAGUUCCAGGGACUCACGGCUGUUCUCGUUGACACCAUCGAGGGUACUAUCAAGUACACCGCUGAGGUUGCACUUGAGCGUGCCGCCUAUAUGGAUGACGAGAGUGACCUUGCAUUGGAGGUCGACGGCCCCUUCCACGAGAUGUCCGAGGACUCUUGUGACAGCAGCGAUGACAACGCCUCCACCGGCUCAUCCACGCCUGACCUCACCUUCUCUCCUGCACCAAGCAAGGAGAAGGUCGGUAUGGAAAUGAUUGAUGAGUUGUGGCUGUACCAGACCGCUGGAACCGUUGCGUUGAAGCAGCGAACGGGGUUGAGCAGUUAUGCUUUUGACAACGCUUUCCUGCCAAGGCAUCGUCACGUUUUGGGGAAGAUUCGGAACUUCGAACCCCCAAAGGAAGUGGUUCCAUGCGUCCAAGUUGAAGAGUCUACGGAGGAGAAGCCUGAAGAGAAGUGUGAAGAGAAUUCCGAGGAGAAUCUUGAGGAGAAGUCGGAGUGUAUGAGAACGGACUAUAACUUGGACGACGCAUUCCUCCCAAAGCACCGCUACCUUUUGGAAAAGAUCCAGAGAUUAUGGACCCCAUGGACAGCGGUGCCACGCGUUCAAGUCCAAGAGCUCGAGGCUAAGCAAGAGAAGUUGGUGUGCUUCACUCAAAGCUACUGCCUCGACGCUGCGUUCCGUCCGGAGCAUCUUCGUAUGUUGGGCAAGAUGGAGAGAUUUUGGGGACGCAAGAGCUCGAAGGCAUAA